AUGAUUCCAGUGCGGCUGAUCUCAGCUUUGAUGGUGGCGUGUGGUUGCAGCGUGCUCGCGGACGCAAUGCAAGCAAACUUCACUCUGGAUAAUGACAUUCAGUCCAGCUUCAUCCAGCGGCGGCUGAAGAGUCAGGAGCGCAGGGAGAUGCAGCGGGAGAUCCUCUCCAUCCUCGGGCUGCCGCACCGGCCCCGUCCGCUCCUGCACGAGAGACACACCGCAGCUCCCAUGUACAUGUUUGAUCUGUAUAACUACAUCCUGGAGGACGGAGAUCAGCGCAGCGGGUUCGUGUACUCUUAUAACCCGGUGUACACGACCCCGGGACCCCCGAUGGUGACCCAACAGGACAGUCGCUUUCUCAAUGAUGCCGACAUGGUGAUGAGCUUUGUCAAUCUGGUGGACCCAGAUGACGACCUCCGUCUCUAUCAUCAGCACCACAGAGAGUUUCGUUUCGACCUCUCCCGCAUACCGGUGGGAGAAACCGUGACCGCUGCGGAGCUUCGUAUCUACAAGGACUUUGUGUACGAGCGCUAUGAAAAUGAGACUUUCCGUGUUAGUGUGUUCCAGGUGCUCCAACAGCAGCCCGAAAGGGAGCUGUACCUGCUAGACUCGCGAGGGGUGUGGGCGGCAGAAGAGGGAUGGCUGGUAUUUGACCUCACGGUCACCACUAACCACUGGGUUAUAAACCCAGGUCAGAACUUGGGACUGCAGCUCUCUCUGGAAACUGCACACGGUGAAAGAAUGAACCCAAGGAGAGCAAGUCUGGUGGGCAGCCGUGGACCUCAGAAUAAGCAGCCAUUUAUGGUGGCAUUUUUGAAAGCGUCAGGAAUCCAUCUCCGCAGUGUUCGCUCAGCAUCAGGAAACAAACAGAGGGGUCACCACCGCUCUAAAAACCCCAAACCUGGUGUUGCACCCAGCCAGGUGGCUUUGAAGACAGCUGAGUUUGCAGAGGGCGCCAGCGUAGACCCCAAACAGGGCUGCAAGAAGCAUGAACUGUAUGUCAGCUUCAGAGAUCUGGGAUGGCAGGACUGGAUCAUUGCUCCAGAGGGUUACGCUGCAUACUACUGUGAGGGAGAAUGUGUGUUCCCCUUGAACUCUUAUAUGAAUGCCACAAACCAUGCUAUUGUACAGACACUGGUCCAUUUCAUAAACCCAGAAACAGUCCCGAAGCCCUGCUGUGCUCCAACGCAGUUACACGGAAUAUCCGUUUUGUACUUCGAUGACAGUUCCAACGUAAUAUUGAAAAAGUACCACAACAUGGUCGUCAGAGCCUGCGGAUGCCACUAA